ACUUCGCAAUUCGCCAAAGGAGCAAGUCCCAGACCCCAGCCUGCUGCAACUUGGCAGCGUUCCUACAAAUGUGUCUUGACAAGCCAAGAAUAAAUUCUGGUCUCUCAGGAACAGAGACGAAGCACCCCUCGACAUAGGGAAAGGUCACAGAGGGCCCUGUAACGCAACAGCAUGUGAAAGGCUGCGGGCUGCCGGCACAGGCAGACCUCCCGCGUGGAGCAAAACCCUCAAAUCUUUGGGGGAAGGAGGGCGGCCACCCUGUCAUCCCCAAAGCACAAGUGAAGGCCCGCUGCAGCUGGGGCGAGGGACUCCAGCUGGGAGGACUGGGGCUCACAGGCAAAGCCAGCCCGGUUUCAGAGUCCGGGCCCCUGGCCCCAGGGAAAGGUGCCUCUCACACACCGGAGGCUCCAGGAGUAGGGCGGGCAUUUUGGGUCUAGGGCACGGUGUGUCAGAGGCCACGGGCGGGAACAGAGGCAAGCAGGUGUGCCUGGUGCCUGGUGCCUGGGGGCGAGGGGCAGCAGAGAGGCCCGGGAGGCUAAAGGAGAACGCGGCGCAGACCCGAGGGGCGCCGCAGGCCACGUGGGCUUUGGAGGAGCAAGGAUAGGUCCUGAGACCCCGGUUUGGCCGACACAUCCCCUCCUGCGUACGGGGGCAGACGUCCCGUGGGAUAGACGGGCAGCCUAGCCCGCAGCGCCGGAGAGCGGGUGGGAGACUGGAGGCGCCCUCGCGCCCCUCAGCUAUCCCGGGGCCUCGCGCCGGCGACCUCGACCCUGUCGAACCCGGUGGAACACUCAGAAAGAAGCUGAGCGCCUCGCAGCGGCCAGGACAGCAGGCCAGGCCUGCGCGCUCCCGCAGCGCACGGCCAGACGCGAUGGCCCUCAGCACGGAGCCCAGCCCCGCAGACGGCCUCGAAGCUUAGAGCCAGAAACAGCGCAGGGGACCGCCCUACCAGAAAAGCAAGGCGGAGGCGGAAAACCACCUCGAGGUCCUGCCUGCCGCUCCGCGCCUGCGUCUGCGUCUACGACUGCACCGGGGUUGGUCGGGCCGCCGUGGGGUGGGGCCGCGCAGGCGCGUUGGACGCGAAGCCGUGCGGCGCUGGCGGUGAUGGCGUCCCAUGCAGAGUGCCGGCCUCUGGGAGUGUUUGAGUGUGAACUCUGUGCCUUGACAGCUCCGUACAGCUAUGUGGGACAGAAGCCCCCCAACACGCAGUCGAUGGUCCUCCUGGAGGAAAGCUAUGUCAUGAAGGAUCCCUUCACCUCCCACAAGGACAGAUUCGUGGUCCUCGGCUCGCGCUGCAGUUUGUGCAGCAGGCUGGUGUGUGUGGGCCCGGUAGGAGUGCAGCUUAUUCUACUCCAAGAGAUUCUGCCUCCCUUGUGUCCAGGAGAACAUCAGUGCUUUUCCUCAGGAAAUUCGGCAAGACUUGGAGAAAAGGAAAGCUCCAUCAAAGAGGACCCCCAGCCAGCCCGGUUCUCGGAUGUGAGUGCAGCCAGGGCUGGGUCAUCGGGCAGCACCCUGCACAGAGCUCCUGGGCCAGCCUGCGCCGGGGAUGCUGCCGAGCUGGGAGCUGCCAUGCCUGGCCUUGUUUCUGGACCACUGGGAGCAGCACUGCAGCCCAGGGGAGCUGGAGUCCAGUUUGGAGCAGCCACAGGCCCAGGGAGCUGUAGCAAGAGGGUAGCCCAAAGGCAGAUGCCAGACAAGACACAGCCAGGAACCUGGCCAGGUGUCCCCACAUGCCCCUCAGGGCCCAGGCCUGAAUGAGUGCUGCUCAGAUGUGACUGAGAGGGAUGACCUCCUUCAGUGGGGCAGCUCCUAAGAGGCCACGUGCAGGUGCAUGUCAGGGGAGAUGCCACACUGUAUCGUGGCCAUGAUGCAUGGUAGGUGGCUGCAAUGGUCUCUCUGUAAGGAAAAUCACUGACAGCAGCUGCCUUCUGGAGCCAGUCUGGAAGGUCUAGAGGGGGAUAGAAUUUUUACUUCAUAUCCUUAUAUGAUGCUUGGAAAAUGUUUUUAACCUUGACCAUGUAUUAUGUUUAUAAUUAAAAACCCAAAUAACCAGCUCAUGUAUGGAAAGGAAUCUUCCACUGAAACAUUUGGAUACCCGACAUUCUCCCUGGGCACUUCACCCGGCAGUGGUUGGGGUCUCCUGGGAAGCUGAGUGCUGGCUUCUAGCCUUUCCAGUUCCCUCAGGCUCUGGCUUCAGCUCUGGCCCCUCCAUUCUGUCUUCCCUGACCUCAAGUCAGGAAUGCCGUGGGCUUCCUGCCCUCACCCCACACCUCAAGACCAUCCCGCUGCCUGCCUGUCUGCUUGCCCCCUGCCAUCUCAAACUCAGCCCUGGGUGCCUGUGCAGCCUGACCCCAUUGCCUGCCAGGGGUUCCUGCAGCACCCCCUCCUCCAGGCUCCCCAUCUCCUUGAAGCUUCCAGGGUAGCAGCUGGUGGGACAUUGAUCUGUGAGCUCUGGAAUGUCUGCUUAGAGUUCGGAGAGGCAGGAGCUGCUCUGUCUUUGUAACUACUCAAGGCCAACUUCACAUGAAGGAAUGAAUAAAGAGUUUUUACUGACUUGUACACUGA